AUGGGAGUGGCGGAACUGCCAGACGAUCACCUCCAACAGCAGCUGUCCCCACUGCCCCCGAACAAGCGGAGUCGCCAUGGAGACCACCCAUCCGCCGAACCCCGCCGAUACAUUCUGAGCAGUGACCCCGCGAGUGUAAUGGAAGCGGUCAAGGAGUUGGUCAUCCUACAGCGCCCGGACUUGAUGGAGGCUUUCUUGUCGUUCUGGCGGCUCUGGCAGAGUGGGCCGCCUCGGUGGCCUUUGUCACAGUUGACUUCUAGACAGCAGCGUCUGGCUGCAGAAGGGAUACUGAGCUUGGACUCGGAGUCUCAGCGGUGGUCUCUCCUUCUGGCUCCGCUGCUGCCGGAGUACCCUUCGCCAAAUGUCCCAAGUGCUGCGGGAGGCAAUGUUGUGGGAGGCAAUGUUGUGGGAGGCAAUGUUGUGGGAUGCAGUGGUAUGCCCCUGGGGACGUCGAGUGGAGCGUCUGAUGACGCAGGUGAUCCUAACUACCGGAGCGGUUCGGUACCACUGGUAGGCGGACCCCUGAUUGUAAGUCCCCAAUCGGGCCCGGGAAGUAAUGGGGGUCCUCUCCAUAGCGGUGGUCCUCCCCAUAGCGGUGGUCCUCCCCAUAGCGGUGGUCCUCAGAGCGGGGGUCAUCAGGGUAUGGGAUCUCAGAGUAUAGGGCCCCAGAGCGGGGGUCCUCAAAGUGGGGGUCCUCAAAGUGGGGGUCCUUCGGACUUGGAAUCAAAAAUUCAGGUUCUGGGGUCUAGUGCCAGCGGAACGGUCGGACCUCCGGCACGGAACGGAGGAACGUCCGAGACAUGGAUGAACAAGUUUGCAGCGUUGUUGCCUUCCGUUGCGAUGCCUCCGCAGUAUUGGAGUGGCACGCUCGCACGAAAUGAUAAGCGUAAGACGCCGGUGACUUUGUUGGGUAUCUCAGGCGACGUGCCACAAUACAUUCAAUCGGUCAAUGGACUAUUGUCAGUUUCUUUACGAUCUCCAUAUGAGGAAAUGCUUAAGAAGGAGUUUGUUGCCUUUGGCUUAUUGCAGAGUGCAGGAGGAGAGUGUGCCUCUUUUAAUGAGUACAUUUCGUACUUCGACUCCAAGAAUCGAGCGGGUGUCAUCCGACCACCCGACCUGGGCGACAACACCAUGCUUUAUCUCAUGCCGCUCACUGUACCCGGACUAAUCCCUGCUCUCCAGCCAUUCAACCUGGACAUCAACUUGGAAGCCAACAGCCACUUGCUCCUCAUCGUCGCCAAAGCCGCUCCCGAAUGA